AUGACCACAAUGCGACGAUAUACCACAAGUUUUGCACUCUCAUUCCUACUGCUCUGCAAUCUUGCAACUGGCCUACGAAGAUACAACUUUACCAUCACUAGCCAAUGGAGUGCUGCCGAUGGCCAUGGGCGACCCGUCUUUGCCAUCAAUGGCCAAACCCCUGGCCCCUUGAUUACAGCAACCGAGGGUGAGGAAGUCGAGAUAUUCGUGAACAACCAGCUCGCUACCGAGACUACUAUGCAUUGGCAUGGAGUUUAUCAAGUGGAUAGACCGUGGAACGAUGGCGUCCCAGGCGUAACGCAGUAUUCAAUUCAACCACGUGAUAACUACACGUAUCGUUUUACUGUGCAGCAGCAGUAUGGAAGCUAUUUCUAUCACGGGCAUUUCGGCCCUGCAUUUGCCGAUGGACAACGUGGCCCCAUCUGGAUAGAACCUGCUGCAUGGCGACCAAGACCAUACAAGGCCAUUUCAUCGUCACCGCAAGAUGUCAAGGGAAUGCAGCGUGCAGAAGCAAACCCUCGACACAUUGUCAUAAGCGACUGGAAUGCUGAACCGAUGGAUAUACUACUUAUUAUGUACCGAGACACGGGUAUUGUCCCCUGGUGCAGUAACUCGAUAGUCAUGAACGGGAAAGGUAGAACGUAUUGUCACACUAAAGAAGUGAUUGAAGAAACAGGAGGAACCGGCAGAAACUCACUCGGCUGCAUGGUCCAAGACAAACAAGGGCUUUACGCCAACACUCAAGUUUGUGAACCGACAUUGGGAGAGCUUGAAGUUGUCACCGCGGUGGAUGGAGAAGAAUGGAUAUGGAUUAACUUUAUCCAUUCUGGAGCACACCAUGAGUUACAAAUCAGUAUUGACGAGCAUGAGUUCUAUGUCAUUGCAGCAGAUGGGGAAUUUGUUUAUCCCCAGAAGGUGUAUGCCGCUAACUGCAACCUUGGAGAACGUAUAAGCAUUCUAGUGCAUCUGGACAAGACCCCAGGCGACUACACCAUUCGUUUAACAUCCCUUCGCAAAGAACAGGUCAUCCAGGGUCUUGGCAUUCUUCGUUAUCCCUCCAAAACGAACAAUAACGAAAUCACAAAACUCCCUACCACGAAACCAUGGGUACACCUCAACGGCACUCUGAUAUCUUCAUCUUUGACGUCUAUGGACGAGAUGAAGUUGGCUCCUUUCCCUAAGAGACCUCCACCACCAACUUCUGAUCAAACAGUAAAACUGUUCAUUAAUAUGACAGGACCUUCAGCUUGGUCUUUGGGUCUAGGUUCUCAUCAAGCAUUCCGCCAACAGCUGCCACCUCUUCUAUGGCAAGAGGGCUCCAGAGGUAGCACAACACUGGGUGACCAGAACGCGCUCCGGAAUGGAUCUGUCGUUGACAUCAUCUUCGAAAAUGGAGCCAAUGUUACGACUCAGCAUCCCUUCCAUAAACAUAAUCACAAGGCGUGGAUCAUCGGAACUGGGCAUGGUGGGUUUUCUUGGGCGACAGUUCAAGAAGCCAUUGAUGCAGGUGCUGCGGAUCAGUUCAAUUUUAAGAACCCUCCCAUUCGUGAUGGAUGUCGGCUUGGGAACGCUACUGGAGACUGGACCGUCAUUCGCUACGAGAUCACAUUCCCUGCUGCGAGCAUGCUGCAUUGUCACAUGAUUCAUCAUUUUGGGGCUGGACAGCAAAUAGUUCUUCUUGAAGGAGUGGAGGCAAUGGCUCAGAUACCCGAAGAAGUAAAACAAAAGGUUCACGCAGACUUUGUGCCGAACCUUCGUUACGGCCCCUUGGACUGA